AUGUCGACCAGCGCCUCCAUUCCCGACCGCUACAAGCUCGUCUUCUUCGUCCCUCCCUCACACCUGGACGUCUGCAAGGAAGCUAUCUUUGCGACAGGCGCAGGUACCUUCCCUGGCGGCACAUACUCCAAGGUUUGUUUCCAGACCACUGGACAAGGCCAGUUCCAGCCGAACGAGGGCGCGGUCCCGGCGAUUGGCACAGUUGGAGUGGUAGAAAAAUUGGAGGAGGUGAAGCUGGAGAUCAUGUGCCUUGGACGGGAGGUGAUGGUCAAUGCCGUGGAGGCUUUGAACAAGGCGCACCCGUAUGAGGUUGUUGCUUAUGAGGUUUACCGCAUGGAGAAUGUAUAG